UGUGACUGUGAACAGUUUGGGACCCACUGAGCUGGUCCAUUUGGGUCCAAAGCAGUUGGCUCGGUUCGGCUGCCCCCAACUUUGACUGUGGUUGUCAGAAGUUGUCAUUUGCCAUUGAAACAAAGCCAAGCAGUUAGCAACACACCCAGCCGGAUGGUCUGGAAUCAUCGUACUCUCAGGCCAGCUUGGUUUUCAACUCUUUGUUUUUCUUACCUGGAUUUCCCUGACACCUUUCACCAACUUGGAUCAGCUGAUGUGGAUUCCCAGUCCCUCGGUAACCGUCACAUUUAUCUGUUUUCAAGAAAAUCAGGACUCACGGAUUGCGUCAGUGUUGUAUGAUGCGUCAUGUGACCCUAAUAUGAGUGAAAUAGUCAACAUUCCAGGAGUCAAGCUAGCAUAUAAAAGGAUGGCUUUUGCUGUCCGCAGCAUUCGACAUCAGCGCUGAAAAGGUAACAUGACAACUUUACACGCUACUUUUCUAACUCCUUUUCAUACAUUUUUCAUAAAACAGUAUUUCUUCAUUAUUGCACAGAUGGCAUUUACUAUUGGCGUGUUCUUCGUCCUUUUUGGGAUCAGUGGACUCCUGACCGGAGCCUGGUGUGGGUCUUGCUACGAGGAGAAAGGAUGCUGUCCUCAGGGAUGGACCCAGUUGGACGAUCACUGUUACAUCUUCCAAUAUGAUGAAAGGACUUUUGGCGAUGCAGAGAGUGUUUGCAAACUUCUUGGUGGGAAUCUGGCCUCCAUCCACAGCUACCUGGAAAAUGUGGUUGUUGCCGGACUGAUUAGAGAAGGCGGUGGAGACGUUGCCUGGAUUGGACUCUAUGAUGCCAUUGAGAGAGGAAACUUGGUUUGGACUGAUGGCACAUGCUUUGAUUUCACCAACUUUGCUGUCGGAGAGCCUGACGGAACGGGUGCCUGUUUUGAACUUGUUGCAUCUGAGGGGAGUUUUCGUGAUGAGAACUGCACCUUUUACCACCCCUAUGUUUGCAUCAGAGAUACCGACUACUGUGGACACCACUAAUCAGACCUCAUUGUCACCAGUCAGUCAAAAAUGUCAG